AUGAGCAUAACUCUAAAAUCCUUCCGCGCUUUAUCUCAGCGAAGGCAACAGCGCCCAGCUCUGAAGACAUUGUUGACGACUCGAUCGAUCCGGAAUGCAAUUCCAGCGCUGUGUCUCGUCCUAUCGCUCACUUGCUUCUAUGCACUCAUACCUCGGUCCUCUACCUACUUGGCCCCAUUAGAUCAGGCAAUCGAAGACAAAUCUACAGAAGCCCAAGAAGUAUCGGUGGGCAAUGCGCGCUUUCAUCUCCUUGUACCAGCCACGAGCUCUAACCCGGACCUGUGUAAAUUGAGCCUUUCCGUCCAGAUACUGGACUAUCCAAUCCCAGUACUCAUCAACUUCGGCCACCCGGAAGAUCCAGAUAGCUACGUCCAACAUCUGGCUAAACCACAAGGUAUUCUCAACUACCUAGACUCCAUCAGUGGUGAGGAUGAUCGGGGCCGUGUGGACGAGGACUUAGUGCUGAUAGUUGACGGCUAUGAUGUCUGGAUGCAAUUGCAUCGAGAUGUGUUGAUCUCAAGAUAUUAUGAGAUGAAUAGGGCUGCAGACGCGAGAACUAAUGCUACAUAUGGCGAUGAGACGUUCCGGCGCCUGGACAUGAGGCAGACGACUAUCUUUGGGCCAGAUAAGAUUUGUUGGCCCAUUGACUUCAGUCGACCAGCGUGCUGGGCAGUACCGAGAGGAGCUUUACCAGAGUACACUUUUGGACCUCGAACAGACCAUGGCCCCGAAGAGUUCAACAUCCCCCGCUGGCUAAAUUCAGGAACAAUCCUCGGGCCUGCUAGUGAUCUCCGAACACUUUUCCGGGCCACAAUCGCCGAGAUCCAAAAGAACCACACCACGGACUCAGACCAAUUCUACCUCGCGGAACUGUUCGGGCAGCAGGAAUUUGGACGCUUACAACAUCGACCAGACUUGCUCAACGAAAUGAGGAAGAUACGCUACCCGGGCGAGGAAGGCCUGCGUGAUGAGGAGCUAGACAGGAAGGAGCCGACGAGCUCUGUCAUGGGCAGCAAUCUCGAGGGACGCCUGACUGAGUUCCACAUAGGCAUCGAUUACGAAAGUCGAAUCUUCCAAACCCUCGCAUUCUACAAACAAUUCCUUACCUGGACUCGAGCAUCGUCUGCCUGGCGACCACGCACGAGUCCUCACCAAGGCCAACCCUUCGAUGUUCAACUAGCGAAGGAUAUCCUUCAGUCACCAUCUCCGAUGCUGACAAGGAACAACACUGGCAGAGAUAGCGAUGUCGCCGAUGACUUGAGCUCCAUCUACACAUCUUCCUCGCCAUGGCAGGACGUUGAUCUCCUCUACAAUAUCGCCACAGUCCAGCACCCAGCCCUCCUUCACAUAGCUGGCGGAUUUCGCGAGAAACCUUUCCGCGAGUACUGGUGGUCUAAACUCUGGUUUCAAGCUUCUCCUUCCCGAUUACGGCUAGAGGCUGUGGCUCGUCAUGGCAGCAUGCAGACAGACCAACAGACUCCGUUGAUCGGAGGCUAUCGUUGGCUCAACGCUGCUGGGUCAUCGGAAGCACAGGAACUGCCGGCGAGAGGGUAUGGUGGUGCUUGGGUAGAUCAUGCCGGAGGGUGGAUAAGCUGGAAGGGUCUAUGUGGAAGAUUCGAGGAGGAGAUCUAUCGGGAUUCUGGUGGUGAGCCGGACUUCUUCCAUCCAUCCUAG